AUGGCCCUUCAUCUGGAUGAGAACAUAAGCCAUAAUUUUCAUAGUAAAAUUUCAGAUAGUGAGACUAAAACCAGGAUUGGAGAGUCAACUUCAAAGGGGGAAAUUUCAGCAAAAAGUGAACUAUUGACUGAAGGUUCUGGCAACCCCAGAGAGGAUGUCCCCCAGGAUUCUGAGUGCAGAGAAUUCUGUGAAUUUGGGGUUAAAUUAAAUGAAAAAAAUCAGAACCUUUUAAAAAGAAGACAACAUAACUGUGAUGAAUGUGGGCAAAGGUUUGCUUGGAGUACAGGCCUUAUUAGGCAUCGAAGAACUCAUUGGAAGAAACCCUAUGAAUGUGAUAAGUGUGGAAAGACCUUUAGUGUAAGCUCAGCCUUGGUUCUGCAUCAGAGAAUUCAUACUGGGGAGAAACUCUAUCCUUGUAAUUGGUGUAUUAAAAGUUUCAGUCGGAGCUCAGAUCUUAUUAAACAUCAAAGAGUCCACAGUGGUGAAAAACCUUAUAAAUGCCAUGAAUGUGGUAAAGCCUUCAGUCAGAGCUCAGAUCUUAUUAUACAUCAGAGGAUCCAUACAGGAGAAAAACCCUAUCAAUGUAACCAUUGUCGUAAAAGUUUUAGCCAGCGCUCAGACCUGGCUAAACACCAGAGGGUCCAUACCGGAGAGAAGCCUUAUACAUGUAAUCAGUGUAAUAAACAUUUUAGUCUGAAUUCUGAUGUUAUAAAACAUCAAAGAAUUCACACUGGUGAAAAACCAUAUAAAUGUCAUGUUUGUGGAAAAGCCUUCAGUCAGAGCUCAGAUCUUAUUUUACAUCAGAGAAUCCACACUGGAGAGAAACCAUAUCCAUGUAAUCAGUGUAGUAAAAGUUUUAGUCAGAACUCAGACCUUAUUAAACAUCGAAGAAUCCACACUGGAGAGAAACCCUAUAAAUGUAGUGAAUGUGGAAAAGCUUUUAAUCAGAGCUCAGUUCUUAUUCUCCAUCAAAGAAUUCAUACUGGAGAGAAACCCUAUCGGUGUAAUCAAUGUAGCAAAACCUUCAGUAGGCUUUCGGAUCUUAUUAAUCAUCAACGAAUUCACACUGGAGAGAAACCUUACCCAUGUAGUCAGUGCAGUAAUAUGUUUAGUCGAAGAUCAGAUCUUGUUAAACAUCACAGGAUUCAUACAGGUGAGAAACCCUAUGAAUGUGAUGAAUGUGGGAAAACCUUUAGUCAGAGCUCAAACCUUAUUCUACACCAGAGAAUCCACACUGGAGAGAAACCCUAUUCGUGUAGUGAUUGUACUAAAAGUUUUAGUCGUCGUUCAGACCUUGUUAAACAUCAAAGAAUACACACUGGAGAGAAACCUUAUACAUGUAAUCAGUGCAAUAAAAGUUUUAGUCAAAGCUCGGACCUCACUAAACAUCAGAGAGUACACUCUGGGGAAAAGCCCUAUCCUUGUGAUAGUUGUGAGAAAGCCUUCAGUCAGAGUUCUGACCUUAUUCUUCAUCAGAGAAUUCACACUGGAGAAAAACCGUAUCCAUGCGCACAAUGCAGCAAAAGCUUCAGUCAGAACUCAGACCUUACCAAACAUCAGAGAAUUCACACUGGUGAAAAACCGUAUAAAUGUACUGAGUGUGGGAAGGCUUUCAGUCAGUGCUCAGCUCUUUUCCUACAUGAGAGAAUCCACACUGGUGAGAAACCAUAUACAUGUGAUCAGUGUGGCAAAAACGUUAGUCGACGCUCUGAUCUUGUUAACCAUCAAAGAAUCCACACCACUGAGAAGCCACAUAAAUGUGAUAUGUGUGAAAAAGCCUUCAGCACUUGCAUGGAUCUUAAUGAACACCAGAGAAUCCAUACCGGAGAGGCACUUUACCAAUGUGUUCAUUGCAGCAGAAGUUUUAGCCAGCUCUCUGAUUUUAUUAAUCAUGAAAAAGUCCAUUCUGGGGUUGACAGUAUAAAUGUGAUAAGCAUGGGAAAACCUUUAAUGUAUACACCAAUUUUGUUUAGUACCAGAGACACCUUUACUGGGAAAAAAUUACUAUGAAUGAUAUUGAUGAUUAUGAAAAAGACUUUAAUCAAUGCUCAACUCUUGUAUUACACUAAAAAACAAAAAACACACUGGGGAGAAAACAGUAAUUUUCAUGAUGAAAGUCUAAUUCAGAAGGCAGACAACAUUAACUGAAAAUUGUGGGGAAACCUUCUAUGUAAAUAAACAUUUUACACAAUGUCAAUAACAAUGGAAAAAAUUCCUAUAUUUGCUGUAAUUAUUAUGUAAGAAAAGCUCUAGUCUUUCACUGAAACAAAUUCACAAUAGGAAAAUUUUUAUCAUUGUAAGAAAUGUGUAAUAGUAUUAAUGCAGAACCUUAGAUACUGGAAAAAUCAGUGUGGGGAGGUAUUCAGUCAGAACUCAAUAGGAACUGUAUUAGUGCUGUAUAACCUCAAACCUUUAGUGAACCCAACUUAAUUAUUGUGUAUCAGAGAUGUUACAUUAGAAAGUUUUAUGGAAAACUUAAAUUCCCUCCAUAUCUUAACUGGUUUUCAUUCUGAUACCACAGUCAUCCCCUCACAGUUGAGGAGUCCUACCUUACGCUAAUGCUACUUAUCUGUCUUUAAAUUUCCUGUGUGUA